GAGGUCCGGCCGUCGGGGGCUGAAGCCGAGCGCCCAGCCCGCCGAGUCCGCGGCGCCUCGGCCCCUGUGCGCCGCCGCGGCCCGGGAGCGUCGGCCGGGCGGGCCGGCAUUAAACUGAGAUGUCCCUGUACGAUGACCUGGGAGUGGAGACCAGUGACUCAAAAACGGACGGCUGGUCCAAAAACUUCAAAUUUCUGCAGUCUCAGCUCCAGGUGAAGAAGGCAGCUCUCACUCAGGCAAAGAGCCAGAGGACAAAACAAAGUACGGUCCUUGCCCCAGUAAUCGACCUGAAGCGAGGUGGCUCUUCAGACGAGCGGCAGAUCGUGGACACCCCGCCGCACGUGGCGGCGGGCCUCAAGGACCCGGCUCCCAGUGGGUUUUCUGCAGGAGAAGUUUUGAUUCCCCUAGCUGAUGAAUAUGAUCCCAUGUUUCCUAACAAUUAUGAGAAAGCAGUGAAGCGCCAGAGAGAGGAGCGACAGAGACAGCGGGAGCUGGAAAGACAGAAGGAAAUAGAAGAGAGAGAAAAGAGGCGUAAAGACAGACAUGAAGCUAGUGGGUUUUCCAGGCGACCAGAUCCAGAUUCUGAUGAAGAUGAAGAUUAUGAGCGAGAGAGGAGGAAGAGAAGUAUGGGCGGAGCUGCCAUUGCACCACCCACUUCUCUUGUAGAGAAAGACAAAGAGUUACCCCGAGACUUCCCUUAUGAAGAGGAUUCAAGACCUCGCUCACAGUCUUCCAAAGCUGCUAUCCCUCCCCCAGUGUACGAGGAACAAGACAGACCCAGAUCCCCGACUGGCCCUGGCAACUCCUUCCUCGCCAACAUGGGUGGCACAGUAGCACAUAAAAUCAUGCAGAAGUACGGCUUCCGGGAAGGCCAGGGUCUUGGGAAGCACGAGCAGGGCUUGAGCACAGCUGUGGAGAAGACCAGCAAGCGGGGAGGCAAGAUCAUCGUGGGCGACGCCACUGAGAAAGAUGCAGCCAAGAAGUCGGAUUCAAAUCCAUUAGCUGAAAUACUUAAGUGUCCUACUAAAGUGGUCCUACUAAGGAACAUGGUUGGUGCAGGAGAGGUAGAUGAAGACUUGGAAGUUGAAACCAAGGAAGAGUGUGAAAAAUAUGGCAAAGUUGGAAAAUGUGUGAUAUUUGAAAUUCCUGGUGCCCCUGAUGAUGAAGCAGUACGAAUAUUUUUAGAAUUUGAGAGGGUUGAAUCAGCAAUUAAAGCUGUUGUUGAUCUGAAUGGGAGGUAUUUUGGUGGACGGGUGGUCAAAGCAUGUUUCUACAAUUUGGAUAAAUUCAGGGUCUUGGAUUUGGCAGAACAAGUGUGAUUGUAAGAACUAGAGCCUGAGUCAUCUCCAACGAUCCUUCAACGAGCCACAGACUGAGCAGAGGAGAGCAAGGCAACAGGCAGCCUGCAUGGCUGUGGGUACAGAGACUCUGGAAGGACUUCUAAGAUAUAUGUUGACUGAUCCCUUUUUUAUUUUGUGGUUUUUUAAUAUAGUAUAAAAAUCCUUUAAAAAAAAACAAACAAAAAAACAAUCUGUGUGCCUCUCUGGUUGUUUCUCUUUUUUAUUACCACUUCUGAGGUGAUUACAUUUUUUGCUAGGAUUUCAUGAUAAUUCUCAAGUGCUUCAGUGAUACGGCAUUUCUUGCACUAAAAAAAUCUAGAAAGU